AUGUACGCGCUAGUAUUGCUUUUUGCGUUGAUUCUAUGUGUGAAUGGGAACCCUGAUGAUUGGGGUACGGUAGUCAGAACUUCCGAUGGUGUUCAAGCUGACAGUUGGAUUGCUAGAUUAAAGACUAUUGAAGUCACUGAUGGUCGUUUUUUUGAGGCAGCUUCUCCAACAAGGCCGAAUGCUCCAAACAGACAAGUCGAGGCAGAGGGGACAAUUAAUAUUGCUCCAGGUGGAGUUAACAUUGGUAAAGGAUCUGCUUUAGCAUCACGAGCAGAUAGUAAUGCUUAUCCACAAUCUGAUUCUGGAAAACAAACAAUAACGGCUCCCGGCGUUUCAUAUGCUGAGAGUGGGGGUACGAUGUUAGAUAUUGGACACCCAUAUGUUGAUAAUCCUAACGGAGGUACUCAAAUAUCUUUAAUUGGAGUACACAUCGAUGCUUGUAGAGCAACUGCUAUAAGUAUUCCAGGGAAACCUGUCAAAUUCGAAGGAUGUGGAGGUGGUUAUAUAUCGGUUUCCGGUACAAAAGUAGUUGAUAUACCCAGCUUAGGACCUGCAAAUUUUUGGGUGCGUGUGCCUCAAGACCAAUCACAACCACAAAUUGCUAAUGUAAUAAUCAACGAACAAGUGACAACAGAUGAUCAAGGUAAUCCAACAGUGGACAGCAAUGGGAUCUACAAAUACGAUCCCAAAGCUACAAGUGGAUAUAUUAACGGUGUGCGUAUCAUUAUUGAACAUGGUGAAAUAACUGCAUUGCACGCUGCUGUUAUUCGUGAUGCUAGUAAAACGGAUUCAUUCGCAUCAACCUCCAACAUUUCUAGAUAAAAUAUUUACAUAGUAUCUAUCCCUAUUCCCCACGAUAAUUUUUUUUUAAAAAAAAAGAAGGUAUCAUUCUAGCAUAAUACACCUUUUUUCUUCAACCAUCAAUCACUAACAAUCUACUUAUUCUGAGUAUCUCAUACUAUCCAUUUCCGUAUACAAAAAAAA